AUGGUGCGCCCACGGCGCAGCUCUGCUGCGAGUGAAGAGUCGGCUGGAACGGCUCGCGAUCAGGAGCUCGGAAGCAUGUACGAUUAUCUGGCCAAAAUCAUAUUACUCGGACCAAGCGGGAGUGGAAAAUCAUGUCUCCUCCACCGAUUUGUGAAGAACGAAUGGAGAGUCCUAUCCUCCCAGACGAUUGGCGUAGAGUUCGCUAGCAAGAUUAUCAAAGUUGGCACAGGAGCAAGGAGGAAGAGGAUAAAACUCCAGCUAUGGGACACAGCAGGAACCGAACGCUUCCGCUCCGUCUCACGCUCCUACUAUCGCGGUGCUGCCGGCGCCCUCCUCGUCUACGACAUCUCCUCGCACUCCACCUUCGCGAACCUUUCCUCCUUCAUGAACGAUGCGCGCGCGCUCGCCAGUCCCGAUCUCACGCUCAUCCUCGUCGGAAAUAAAGCAGAUUUAACAGACAACUCGAAUUUGAUAGACGCUUCCCUGCCACCUGCGACGCCGAGUAGUGUGGGAAGCAAGGAAUUCCCUUUUGGAGCAGGUGGAUCGGUGGGUAGCUCGACAAAUAUGGGACUUGGUGCGCAAUUACGCGCCACGGUUGCGGAUGGGCGCGAGGUUUCAGCGGAGACGGCGUCAAAAUGGGCGUCUGCGAAUAACAUACCGGUAUCUGUCGAGGUCUCGGCGUUAUCGGGGGAAAAUGUGGAAGAGAUAUUCGCCCGGCUGGCGAGGAUGAUAUUAACGAAGAUUGAACUAGGGGAAAUCGAUCCUGAUGAUCCGAUGUCAGGGAUUCAAUAUGGUGAUGGCGGGUGGAUAGGAGAUGGUGAUGGCGCGAGUGUGAAGAGUGGUGUUACUAUUGAAGGGGAGGGGGCGAGGAGACGGGGGAAGAAGAAGAAGAAUGCUUGGAUGGGUGGAGGCGUGAGGGAGUGGGAGGAGGUCUUCACGUUGAGUGGGGGAAGGAGGAGGAGGGGUGGUUGUUGUUGA